AGACUAACUGACCCCCCCUCUGCUCUCAGCCUGGAGCCUGCUGCAGUCCGGUUCUUGAGGCCAGGUAUCAGGAAGUAUUCCUGUGGACUCACACUGGACUCAAACACAGUGAACAGAAAACUCCAACUGUCUGAGGACAACAGGACGGUGACACAUGUGGAGGAGGAGGAGAAAUAUCCUGAUCAUCCAGAGAGGUUUGACUCCUUGCCUCAGCUGAUGUGCAGAGAAGCUCUGACUGGUCGCUGUUACUGGGAGGUCGAGAGGAGAGGAAGGGUUUCUAUAUCAGUGACUUACAGAGGAAUCAAGAGGAGAGGAGGGGUUUCUAUAUCAGUGACUUACAGAGGAAUCAGCAGGAGAGGAGGCAGAGAGGACUGUAGGUUUGGAAGGAAUGAUCAGUCCUGGAGUCUGAGCUGCUCUGGUGGUCGUUACUCUGUCUAUCACAAUAACACAGUAACACACACCUCCUCCUCCUCCUCCUCCUCCUCCUCCUCCUCUGGUAGAGUAGCAGUGUAUCUGGAUCAUCCUGCUGGCUCUCUCUCCUUCUACAGAGUCUCCUCUGACACACUGAUCCACCUCCACACCAUCAGAACCACAUUCACUGAACCUCUCUAUGCUGGGUCUUGGGUUCAGCUCUGGUUCCUCAGUGUCUCUGGUUCCUCUGUAGGAGGAAGAGUCUCCUCCUGUUCCAGAGACUUCCUCCCUGCUGCCCAGAGAGUUCAGUCUGUUCAGGAUCACAGCUGAUACAUAAUUGUAACCAUAGUGUACUUAUGUGUUUUUACUUAUUGUAAUUCUUCAUUAUUAAUAACGUGUGCCUACUUUGAUAUAUUUAAUAUACAGUCUACUCUUUUCACUUUUUCAGCACUAAACCUCUGCGGUUGUAAUUCUGUGGAUUUCCCCUUU